AUGUACUACAAAGGAGUCUACCAUCUAUUUUACCAGUACAAUCCCAAAGGAGCUGUUUGGGGUAACAUUGUAUGGGGCCACUCAGUAUCAAAGGAUCUCAUCAAUUGGAAAGAACUUCAACCCGCCCUAUACCCAUCCAAACCCUUCGACAAAUACGGGUGUUGGUCUGGAUCGGCCACCAUCAUCCCAGGUAAAGGACCUGUUAUCCUCUACACUGGAGUUGUUGACAAGCGGAGCAAUGAGGUCCAAUGCAUGGCUAUACCUGCGAAUACAUCUGAUCCGUUUCUCACAAAAUGGGUUAAGCCUGACCGCUUAAACCCAAUUGUGACAGCAAAUCGAAACAUGAACGGAUCAGUGUUUCGAGACCCGACCACUGCUUGGUUGGGCAAGGAUGGACACUGGAGGAUACUUGUUGGUAGCAAACAUGAAGAUACAGGACUAGCCUAUUUAUAUAGGAGUAAAGAUUUUGUGAAAUGGACUCGGGCCAAACACCCGAUACAUUCGGCUAAAACCACGGGUAUGUGGGAGUGUCCGGAUUUUUACCCGGUUCCUUUGGUAGGAAAAAAUGGGUUAGACGCGUCGAUGAUAGGUGAUAGUGUUAAGCAUGUGCUAAAGAAUAGCCUUGACAUGACUAGGUAUGAAUACUAUACAGUUGGAACAUAUAUCCCAAAUAAGGAUAAGUAUAUACCAGAUAAUACUUCAGAGGAUGGUUGGGGUGGCCUUAGAUAUGAUUAUGGCAACUUCUAUGCUUCAAAAUCAUUCUUUGACCCAAGCAAGAAUCGAAGGAUCAUAUGGGGAUGGGCAAAUGAAUCAGAUACCAAAGAAGAUGAUGUUAAGAAAGGAUGGGCAGGAAUUCAGGCAAUUCCAAGAACGGUGUGGCUUGAUUCAGGUGGCAAACAGUUAAGACAAUGGCCCGUUGAAGAAUUAAAUAAGCUAAGAGAGAAACAAGUUGGGAUAAACAAACAAAAGCUAAAGAAGGGAGGUUAUGUUGAAGUAAAAGGGAUUACUGCUGCUCAGGCUGAUGUGGAAGUUACAUUCACAUUCUCAAGUUUGGACAAAGCAGAGGCAUUUGAUCCUAAUUGGGUGAAUGCAGAGGAUCUUUGUGCACACAAGGGUUCAAAGGUUCAAGGUGGCCUUGGACCAUUUGGACUUCUAACACUGGCUUCCAAAAAACUUGAGGAGUAUACUCCUGUGUUCUUUAGAGUUUUCAAAGCUUCAAACAAACAUGUGAUUCUCAUGUGUUCUGAUGCAAAAAGUUCCUCUUUGAAUAGAGAAUUGUACAAGCCAUCAUUUGCAGGCUUUGUAGAUGUGGAUUUGGCAAUUACUAAGAAACUUUCUCUUAGGAGUUUGAUUGAUCACUCUGUUGUGGAGAGUUUUGGAGCUGGAGGAAAAACAAACAUCUUGUCUAGGGUUUAUCCAAAACUAGCUGUGAGAGAAAAAGCUCAUUUGUUUGCGUUCAACAACGGUACUGAGCAGAUCACUGUGGAGUACUUAAAGGCAUGGAGCAUGAAAACUGCUCGUCGAAACUAACCAGCUAGAAAUCAAUAUAAAUGAACAAAAAAAGUAUAAAAUAGUAUCUGUUCUAUUAUUGGUAUACCAAAAAUAAUCUGUUUACUAGCCUUUAAUAUAGCUGUAUCUAUAUCUAUGGUGUUGUAAUUUGAAGAGGAAGAUUCAAUAAUAUAAUCUAGUUUUAA